AUGACGGAAUCCUAUGAAUACUUAUUCAAGUUCCUUGUCAUUGGAAGCGCUGGCACAGGAAAAUCUAGUCUUCUUAACAAUUUUAUUGGAAACAAAUUUAAAGAAGAUAGAUGCCACACAAUUGGCGUAGAGUUUGGUUCAAAAAUUGUUAACAUUGGUGGAAAAUCUACCAAACUUCAAAUAUGGGACACAGCUGGCCAGGAAAGGUUUAGAUCUGUAACACGGUCAUAUUAUAGAGGAGCAGCAGGGGCUCUGCUUGUAUACGAUACAACAUCUCGUGAUUCUUAUAAUGCCCUUGCAAAUUGGCUAAGAGAUGCUCGCACCUUAGCUAGUCCUAAUAUAGUGAUAUUAUUGGUGGGUAAUAAAAAAGAUUUAGAAGAAUCUAGAGAAGUCACAUUUUCAGAGGCUAGCCAGUUUGCACAAGAUAAUGAGCUGAUGUUCCUCGAAACAAGUGCUAAAACUGGAGAGAAUGUAGAGGAAGCUUUUCUAAAAUGCUCCAAAACAAUUCUUGCUAAAAUUGAGACUGGUGAAUUAGAUCCAGAGAGAAUAGGAUCUGGUAUUCAGUAUGGAACUGGAACUGCAAAAAGAAUAUCUGCACCAAAGCGUCCAUCUAGGACUCCAUCAGAUUGUGCUUGCAGAGUUUAA